UCUUCCAAUUUCCAGCUCGUCUCUACAUGCCUCAAGGAGUGAUGGAGGAUCCUCACCUCCUCCGGCCUCUCAUCUCCACCGUCACCACGACUACCAUCUCCGCCGAGGAUGAAGAUAUUGCUGCCGCCUCGUCCAGUUAUCCGAUCAUACCCCGUCUGGUUCUACUCUUUCUCAUUGGCCUUAUCUCAAUAUGGGCAAAUUAUGAAGCCUCAAAAGGCUUCGAGAUCAUUAUCAUCAACGAAGCUGGAGAUACUCCGGCAGGACGUCGGUUUGAACUCUUCUUCGUCUCGAAUGACAAGGUAACUCGAAUUAUCCUCAACACAAGUGAGUUUGCUCAAAGGGUUCUCUAUCCUGAUGAUGACCACCACCUCCCCAAGAAGAAAGUUGACCGUGUCACCGUUAGGCUUGCCAGCCGGAAACUACCGCACGCGGUGGUUGUGGAGUGUAGUAACAGAGAUGAGUUCGUUCUUCACAUCAGCCCCUCAGUGAUGGAGGAGGCUAACGUGGAGAAGGCAAUGGAAUCGGCGGUGCAGCAUGGCAUGGCUCGUGUAUGGCUUUGGGACAGCGAGAAGAGUGUACCCACGUCUCUUCUAGAUGGUAUGGUCGAGUACAUAAGCAUUGCAGCAGGGUUCACCCGCUCACCAGAUUCCGGCAAUGGGUUGCGGUUGCCGUCACCGGAGUCUAACACUACUUGCUGGGAUGAUGACAAGGACAGCGUUGCCAUGGCACACCUGUUGAAUUAUUGUGAGGGGCUGAGUGGGGGGUUCAUCAGACGGCUAAAUCAAGCCAUGCAGGGCCCAUGGCACAAUCGGAUGGUGGAGGAUGCAUUAGGAUUGCCAGCUCAGACAGUCUGCUCAUCCUAUUACUCUUCAGCUUUUGAGCUUUCAAACACAAUGGAAUCCACUUCAGUCUGAUAAGUCAUCAUCUAGUUGGCCUUCACCAUCACAACCAACAACGCCGUUGAUGACGCAGUGCGCCCUUGAGUUGUUGACGUAAUGGGCCCCCAAUAAGAGAGAUAAGGUUGGGCUAACGCUUCCUCAACUACAAAUUGAUAGAUGGGCAUUGUAUGUGGAAGAUGAUAGAGGCUGAUCCACAGAACAAUAGAUUGUAAUUUUUUAGGUUGUGUUUGGAAAUGAUGCA